UCUAGUCUCUCGAGUACGAGAUGAAAGAUGUUUGACAAGGCAGGUGUGAAAUGUAAGAAGAUAGGUCGAAAUGCAUCGGGGAAAGGGAAUGAAAAUGUGCAGGAACGAAUGAGAAAGGAAAAGCAAAGGAAGCGCACGAAAAAGUUGGAGUUGCAAAGGAAAAAGUCUGAUGUCAUCGAGCUUUGUGUAAUGCCGAACCUGUCCCUUGCGCAUCGACGUUUUCUCCUCAUGAGAAAAUGACCACAAAAAGGCCGGGAAAGAGACAAACGGGCGGAAAAAAGGAGAAAAAAUAGGAAGAAAAGAACGGAAGAAAGGAUAAAGAAUGGGACGAAGGAACGAUGGGGUUCAGCCAAUUACCUACAUCCUCUGGCAAACCAUUGGCAUGGUUGGUCCAUUUGAGAGGUUGCAAUUUUCUCUAUUCUUGUACCGACGACCACAACGAAGGCCACUGGCCAUCACGAGUUUCUAAAAAAUUUGUACGUCGCGGGAACAAACUGAACCGAGAGGUUUAUCGCGUUUUGGCUCGUGUAACAGGACAGAGCGGUAGGCAUCAAUUUCGAGGCACGCUCCACGACGGAUAUUCGCGGCAUAGUAUCGUGUAUUUUGAUUUGCUGGAUUCGUUAUCGACUGCCCCCGUUUGCGACGAGGGUGCUCAGUGCUUGGGAUUAAGAGAUUUCGAUGGGGAAUUUAUGGCGCGGGCUUCUUCGCUGCCGGGACUUCAUAAAUACAACGCUAGGUAGUUCGGAACACAACCCUGCUUCGUAGAUCGGACAUUCGUUUCGCUGUCGUUAGUUCCAGUUAUUUUCUUAGUCGGAGCAACUGGUGUAAAAUAUUUUCUCGUUACUUUAAUGUCUGUAUUUUGUGAUGGUUUAUCGGUAGGAGAGGAGAAAUCAAUAGAAUCGCUCUUCCAAAUCAUUGAGAUGAUAAAAGCCGUUUCGAUACGCGAAUUUCGAGAUUCGGGGAAUAUUAUGUCGAGCUUGCGAGUCUUUGGCCUGGUUCUGGAUAUAUGUCUCGCGUGUGAUUCUGUGUCACCACGGGCGUCAGCGAAUUUUGAGUUCUCUGUGGAAUAUGUAGGAGUCGGUUGGCGUGCAGCGCGCGUUCCUUGUCAACGAUCCAGAUAAUCGCAAAUAUUCCACCGACACGACGUUAUUUUCCUCUUGAAACCGAAGAAAAUUAGAAAUUGAAACCGAGUUCGUUGAUUUCGUCGGAUCGCUCGUAGCGAAAUAGAAUUAUGCCAGAGGCGUGAAAUUACAUUGAGCAUUCAGCAUUAUGAAACGGUGGUUCGUGUGAACGGAGCUUAAUGUAAAAUAAACGAAACAGCUCGCGAGGUCGAAAAAUAUCCGGCAAUUUAAAUUGUUUUCCUGGAUUGUUGCAACGUUUCGAUGGAUUUUUCCAAGUCGCGAGUUUACUAUGGUUAUACAAACAUUCGAUCGAUUAUCGGCAAACUGUGUAGCAUCCAAGAUGUUUAUUUUAGAUUGCUACUAGGAUGGAACAAAGAAAGCGGAAAGUGGAACGACAAAUGGAAAAUUAAAGAAAGUGAGUCACCGGAACGAUAAGGCCCGAAGAGAGGGAGGUAGAGGUAAGACCUUUGGGAAAAAUACAAAGGAAAAAUCUAUAUUUUUAUACAUAUAUGUAUUUUAUUUUCAUAUACAUAUAUUUUUAUCUCGUAUUUCGUAUUUACCUGUCUGGAAUCGUGCUUCACGGAGUGGAAUUAUCGGGGACAGUACAAAGUGAAGAGUAUCGAAAACCACUCGAAGGAAAAACGAAGUAGAGGAGGAUAUGCAUAAAGAGUGGGCGUACAGUGGAGGGUUGGUUCCAUUGGUGCUCCAAGAGAAACCACCGUGGCGCCUUUGAAAAUGCGCGUCGAGUUUUGCAUUGUGAACCGAUGGUCCAAACGUUACAAUGUCGUUUUGGUUAAUGUUCAAUGUCCAUCUCUAUAAAUACUCUUCGUAAGCAGCGCGCGUUACGUCGGUUGUGCUAGUAGUGAUUGAUCAAUUGUCGAGGUGGCAGCAGUUCGAGGUCAUGGUCAAAUUAAAAUGGAACUCCCGUUAAAGAAAUAGAACUGUUCGAAGUGACACACGUUUUGUGUGUAGUGGGAUCCGUGGUUUCAGCGGCGAAUCUGACGUCGGUAGAAGAGGAGGGAUAUACAUAUAGCCAGUUCUCGAAUAGUAGUCCGUCAGAGUACCGAUCAUCUUUCGAAGAAGAGGAAAGUUAGUGUGUGUGUGUCUGAGUCCUACCGAGAACUGGAAACUGUUCAAUCAUGUGGAUUACUGGAAACCGAAUUAUUUGUUUACUUUUCCUGGUGAUUCUAACGUCUUGUUCAGACGCUAAUAAUUCCACGGUGCCAAAGAAUCAGCUGAAAAUCUUGGCGGUCUUCGCUCACCUCGGUAAGAGUCAUUUCGACGUGUUCAAACCGCUUCUUGAGCAGCUAAGCCGUCGAGGUCACGACUUGACGGUAAUUUCUCAUUUUCCAAGAACUGAGAAGGCGAUCGCGGAGGAACCUUUGCCCACUUACAAGGAUAUUAGUCUGCGAAAUGAGGAACUCGGUGUGUUUGUAAACGUGGUCGAUCUACAUGCGAUUGACAGUCCCUAUUUUCAAAUAUUUACUGACUUAUACAUGCUGUACACUAUGUCGGGAUUGGUUUGCGAUAUUGCCCUGAAGAAUCCAGAAGUAAAACAGUUGGUCGACUCUGGGAAGAAGUUCGAUCUGAUGCUUGUCGAGAGCUUCAAUACCAACUGCUUCAUGGCGCUCGUACACAAAUUUAACGUGCCUUUUAUACAAAUAUCCACUCAUCAGUUGAUGACAUGGGCCAUCGAUGAUUUAGGAGUUUCCAACGAGGCCAGUUACAUACCGUCGAUGUUUACUCGAUUGCCAAGGCCAAUGAACUUUUUCCAAAGAAUGAUAAACGCGGUAUCGGCAUUCGUAACAACGAUGGUAUUCCGCACUGUGUUCAAUUGGCGCGAUUACUCCGUGGCAAACGAAUUUUACGGUCCGGGAAUUCCGGAUUUGAAAUCGAUCAGUAACAACGCAUCACUCAUGUUCGUCAACACGCAUUAUUCUGUUCACGGUGCUAUCUCGUUCCCGCCGAAUGUGAUCGAGGUAGGUGGAAUUCACAUCUCACCGAAAGUGAAACCCUUGCCACCGAAAAUUAAAAAGUUUUUGGACGAAGCUCACGAGGGUGUCUUGUAUUUUAAUCUCGGCUCGAUGGUGAAGACGGCCUCCAUGCCGGAGGACAAAUUGAAAGUGUUUAUCAAAGUUUUCACCUCUAUACCUCGAAAAGUGAUUUGGAAAUGGGAAGUGGAUGGCAUACCGGGUAAUUCCGGAUUGGAUAAUUCCAAUAACGUCCUUAUAGAGAAGUGGCUGCCUCAGUACGACAUAUUGAAUCAUCCAAACGUUAAGUGUUACUUCGGACACGGUGGUCUUCUCGGUUUGUCGGAAGGAGUUCAGAGCGGGGUUCCAAUGGUUCUCAUGCCUUUCUUCGGUGAUCAAUACCAGAAUGCGAUCGCGGCUCAAGCUAGAGGCGUCGCUUUGGUGGUGGAUUUCGUCAAACUGAACGAACAAACCUUGAAGCACGCUUUGGAUGAAAUAUUCAACAAUACCAGGUACCGUGAAAAUGCCAAGAAGCUUUCGAAAGCUUUCAAAGAUCGACCAAAUACUCCGUUAGAAACAGCAGUAUGGUGGACAGAAUACGUUGGUCGGGGAAAUGCUUCUCCAUACAUCAGGAGCGAGGCAGCGAACAUGUCCUGGUGUCAACGCAAUCUCAUCGAUGUCAUGGUUACAUUAGCAGUCCUUGCCUUGCUCAGCCUCUAUGUUUCAUACAGAGUAUUGAAAUGCAUUCUGACCAGGGGCACGAAGAGACAGGAGCAGAAGAACGGAGCAAUGUCGAAGAAGAGAGAUUGAUGGCGGUGCCGUUGGAAGUUCUAAGAUCACAAAUAGCGUAAAAAAUGAAUAAGAUAUGGCCGAUGUUUUAGAAAGUGUGUACGAUGGAACAAGGAGAUGACGAAGUUCACGAUACAUAUACAAACAUACCUUGCAUCCAUAUAUCCUUGAUUUAACGGGGCUAGGAAUGUUGUAUCGCAAAAUUUUCCUGCAGCUUUCGUUAAAACAACGGGUCGAUCAUGCUUGAAGCGAAUUCCGACAUGGUGUACCGACAAUAGCCAAUCACAGAGUCCUUUUAUUCGAGCUGCCGUCGGUCGAUAAAUUAAAUCAUCAGCGUCGGAGAGCGCGUGUUCGUAAUUCUGAUUACAUCGCUCGAGAGGCGGAAGUCUGUGGCAAUUUUCGCAGACGCUCGGCUCCCUGUGCUCUUCUUACUUGAACAACUCUAGCUAUUGAAACAAGGACCGAGGGUAGUACAAAUAGAAGGCUGUGACUAAAGACAGACAGCGUUACGAAAAAAAGGCAACCUUAAGGAGAAACCCGGAAGAAUUCGGGGAAGGAAGUAAGAGAGGAAAGAAGAAGAGAGGGAAGAAGGAGGAGAGCGAGAAAGGAAACCAGCUUUGCGGGCAUUACUGGGUAUUUCCCAGGUGGCCGAGUCACUGACUGCGUCAACUGGCUUUGGCUUUCGCAACAACGGCAAAGGGAACAACGCAAGGAGAACGACGAGGCUUUACUGCGACGAAGAGGACGGUUGAAGCUGCGCGUUCACGGAUGGAGGCAACAGUCCUGGGGAACCAACGGUGUACUCGACUACGCGGAAUAUACAGCUCGACGUUAGACGAGCUUGCUUAAAGAAGAAGGAGGACGAGUCAGCGAGGACAACAAAGAUGGAUCACGUCUAACAUCGGCGGAUUAAACGGGACUGGAUGGAUGUUCGCUUCUAUUCGCCCGCGUCUCAGUUUUCCCUUCACCGGUUUCAGCCUCUUCCCAUGUCGCGGAUUUUCGCAUGAGUGCCCGAGCAGCAUAAGACACGUGGGAUCGGCUCAUGAAGAUACAAACGAGACGAUAAACGCGAAGAGGUUCUCUCUCGUCUUUUACGAGAUAAGCGUCUGGAUAAGUCGAUGUCGUGAUCGUGACGGUUCCUAACUCUUAUCGGCAUAUUCGAUAAAAACGUAUCUCUUUAAAACAGCUUAUGACGAACUGUCUUUCAUUUGUUUGCUCUUGUUAGAAAAUAAAAUUUUAAGAAGGAUUUUAGGAAGGACAAAACAAUAGACAGAUUAUUCGGAUAGCGAGUAUAUCGCGAAUGGAAUUCUGUAGUUACAUGGAUUGUUGGCCAGAUUAUCGAGGAAUAUUAUAAUAGAUCGUUAAAUGCUUUCUCUCUGUCCAUCUCUGGAAGCUACUAAUGCAUCGGAACAGAGUUCUGUGGUGCUUUCAGCCGCAACCGGAUCCCCUGUUUCAACGAGGAGGACGGAUUGUUUCGUACUUGCGCCAGAUUGUGUCAAAUAUUUACUUGACAAAGUUUGCUCGAGCACAGCCGCAAAAUGCGUCGCGAAACAUUAUUCCACUGAAAAGUGUAUACGCGGAUUCCUACGGGGUGACCUACAGUUUGUCGAGAUGAGUUUGAAAAAGAACAGGUCGUCGGGAGAUAGAAAAUACGCGUGUAUUCCCAGUCGUUGCGGCUUUCGCGUUGUGUAGCUUCUUUUUUCUCAUCGUUGUCCCACGUUUCGUAAGCUUUUAUAGUCGAAAAGCGACUCGGAAACCGAACGAAACGAAACGAUUGUCAAUGGAUGUUGAGGAUUGAAACUUCGUUUCGCGCGAAGAAAUAAAAUUCCUUGCAUAGCUGUGCCCGAUCGCGGUCGUUAUUUUUCAGUGGUCAAAAAUUCCAGUGUUUAAAGAGUGAAGAGGAAAACUCGGCGUUUCGCUGUCCGUAGCGUGCUCGGUCAAACGAUAAUAUUUAUUGAUGACGAGACCGGGUCCGUUGCGAUGAAAGUUCGACGGAUCAGCUUCAAAGGGGAACUUUUCUUGGAGCAGUCUCGUUGGACGGAUAGGAAGCUUUUAAAAAAACGAUUCGAGACGUGGACCGAGGGUCGAAGGGGGCGCGAACGCGGCGGCCUAGAGGAAAACGUACUUCCGGCGAUACGGUACUUUUUCUACGGCGCGGCGUAAUGGAAUGUAAAGUUCCCGAUUAAAUUGCGUCUUUAAGCGAUCCUCACCAGUGAGAUAUUUUUUGUGAAAAUAUAGCCAAAGUAAUCGAGAAAUAUCGUUGGCACCGUGUCUUCGGUCGAUUCACCAUCGGCGUUGUUCGCGAACUUAAAAAGCCCAUUAACCGUUCGAAACACAACGGGAAAGCGGGAUCGUUUCCCUGCGAGACAUGUUGCUAUAGAAAACACUUUAUCAAGUUAUUUUAUCAUCGAAAUACGGUCCCUGCGUACUACGAUGUUUCACGGGAGAAGUUCAAUGGUUCCUCUGUCUCGCAGCCUUUGAACGAUCUAUCAUGGAUGCAUUGAUUGCAGCUUGUGUGUGUGAAUUUCUAUUUGUUAUCUUGUUACAUUCAUAAUUGUUAAUAUUUCAGACUUGUUUACUUGUA